AUGUUAGAGGGAUGGUACGAGUUAGACUUGGUCUCCUAUGAAACUGAUCACUGGGUGAAGAAACGGAAAAGAAGGAGAAUAACAAAUGUUUGGGAGAAGCUAAGGUGUUGCUGGAUGAGAAGCUGUGCGAAUAGCGGAUUCUGGAACAUGAGCGGCUGCGAGAGCAACGAUGGAAACAUUGGAAUCGGCGCGAACAGCAUCGGGCUCGUUGGCGCCAAUGGCGGCGGUGUGAUUGUGUCGAUCGGCAUUUGGAGCAUUGGCGGCGGUGUGCAAACGUCCGACGAGGCCGGCGAUGAUGGCGCCGAUACUGAAAACGAAAUAAUUGGCACGAGUUGA